AUGCUUCCAAAAAGUCCUAGAUCCAACCUGAAAACUCCAGAAAAGAAGUCAAAUAAGGUAAUUUUUUUGUAAUGCAAUUUCGAUUGUUUAGCAUGUAACGUGGAAAGAAGCCUCUUCAAACAGUAGUAGUCGAGUAAGUUUAAAUCUAUGACGUAAAAUUUUGUUAGGAAGUUACUCCUCGGCGUGCCCUGCCGAAUCCAUCACCCAGAGCUGCACAAUCUCCUUCAAAGUCCCUGAAACCGAUCAAACAAUCACCAAAAUCCCCGAGUCGGUCUCUUAAAAGAUUUGCAACCAAUGUAAAGUUGACGGUGAAAAAGCCAAGAGUUGAGAGAUUCACCGAUCCAUCAGAGGUAUAUCUUUAAGUAUUAUCAAAGUUAUAUUCUUUUAGGUAUUAUUCAAGGCCAACAAUUUCUUCCGUAAUGUUCGAAAGUCGUUCAAAGAUAAAAAAGCCAAAAUUGUGGACUUGUAUUUGAAAAUCCAAGAUGAAGUGCGAGACUGGAAAAAAACUGAAUCUCGGAUCUACGAGUUUGAAGUAAGGAGAGGGAGAUUAAAAUCAUUGGUAAUUUUUAGCAUGAAUUGAAGCGAGCUACCAGACAGUUGAAAUCAGCAGAGGAUGAAAGAUCGAAGGCAGACCUGGAAGCCCAUCAGUUUUCUGUUCGUCUUGUGGAAUCCGUGAAUGCCAUUAUACAGAGAGUUGAGAAUUUGAUUUUGGAUAAUCGGGAUAUGGCAAAACCGCAAAUAAUCGUUCUGGACUGA